AUGGGUGGGUCUAUCGAGCAACAGGACGAUGUGCCAACAUCGUCCAUGACCAUCGCGGUGCGGAUUAUUGUGUUGGUGCUGGCGAUUCCGACAACCUUGCUGUAUCUGCGCAAGUUCGUUCUUAAUAACUUCGGACUUGAUGACUGGUUGGUGCUGGUUGCUCUUAUCGGAGUGGAUCUGUUCUCUGCCCUGGCGUAUAUCAUCACAUACUAUGGAUUGGGCCGACCUAUGAAAUAUGUUCCUACAGAUCAUCUGGUUGUGUUUCUCACGCUCGAAUACGCCUCACAAUGCGCCUACCUAGUCAUCGCAGCGACUGUAAAAGCGAGCCUGCUCAUCUUCAUCAUGCGUCUGUUCCCGACUCGUUUCGUUCACAUUGCCGGGAAAGCUCUUCUUGGUAUCAUCGCGGCCUUCACCCUCUCGGGGACCCUCGCGCUGGUCUUUCAGUGUCGCCCAGUCCAAGCGGCCUACGACAAGGCUAUCACCAAUUCUAGCUGCUAUCCCACUGAGACCUCAUGUAUCGAUCCUAGUACUUCCGAUAUGGCCUAUCUGGCAGUUGCAGAUGCCGAUAAGGAGGCGAAUACUUGUGCUGGGGCUGCUCUGCAUUGUUCCUUCCAAUGUCGGCGGGAGAUAAAAACUGACUUCCCUUAG